GAUCAGGUUCUCCUGCAGUGCAUUGCAUACAAAGUCAAACAUAAUCUCUCACUAGAAGGGUGGAAUGAAUUACCAUAUACAUUCCCGGGCUCAGCUAAUGCCGAUAUUUCAACACUCAAGACUCCAUAUCUGGCCUUUGCACGUCUUCAGGAACUCAGUGGCAUGAAGUUUGACUGUUGCCAUAACUCAUGUAUCUGCUAUGCUGGUGACUAUGCAAGUCAGCAAAGCUGUCAUCAUUGUGGAGAGUCACAAUAUCUUACCUCGUGCCCAUUUGAUGACUCAGCUGCAGACAGAAGCCACCCCCAAGCUGAGGCAACAACACGUCAUGCUGCAUGUCAGUUUUCUUACCUCCCCAUUAUCCCGCAUUUAAGGACUCUGUUCAAAAGUAUGAAAAUGGCCCAGGCCAUGCGCUAUCACUCCCAGUAUUUCAAGACAUCAAGCUCCAGCAAUGGGUAUCAUGAGGAAGGGAAAGUCCGGGACGUGUUUGAUGGAGAGCGUUAUCGAAGGCUCCUCAACACAUCCAUUGUUCUCCAAGGAAAGGAUACUGGGGGGAAGUUCUUUGAUGGGAAGCGGGAUGUGGCAUUAGGUCUUUCAACAGACAGUUUUUGCCCGUUCAAGAAGAAGAAA